GAAGUGAAAAGAGAAAGAGAGAGAGAGAGAGAGCGAAAGAGAGCUUCUUCUCAUCAGAUCUGCUCGUUACUAUUGUCUUCUUCUGAAUCUGUAAAAUGGUUCCCGAGGUUUCACAUUCCAAGCUUCUAUGAAAAACUGGGUCUCCCUUAACUCGCUUUAUCUCCCAUUGAUUCACUGAGUCGAGUCGUUUCUAUGUAUUCUGCUCUGUUUUUCUUAACCAAGUGAGUUUAAACCAUAAAGCUAAAAAAAACUGAUUUUUGGGUUGGCAUUGGGUUCGUCGGUGGCUGUAAAGAUCGCAAUGUUGAGGCGAGUUUUGACGGAGCUCCAUCGAUACAUGGAGUUGCGUUGAAGCUCAAUUAUUCAAGGGAGGUGGUAGUGGUGGUAGCAGGGGUAUAGUUGUAAGAUGUUUAAGUCGGCGAGAUGGAGGAGCGAGAAGAACAAGAUCAAAGCCGUGUUCAAAUUGCAGUUCCAUGCAACUCAGGUAACCCAAUUGGGUGUGGAUGCCUUGAUGGUGUCUGUGAUUCCAGGGGAGCUGGGAAAACCGAGUGUGAAGUUAGAUAAAGCUACCGUUCAAGAUGGGAGCUGCAGAUGGGAAAAUCCAGUGUAUGAAACGGUUAAAUUUUCUCAGGAGCCAAGAACUGGGAAAAUCAGUGAGAAAAUCUACCGUUUCAGUGUCUCAAAUGGAUCGGGCAAAGGUGGUACCCUUGGAGAGGUUUCUAUUGAUUUUGCUGCUUAUGCUGAAGCCAAUAAGGCUUCUACCGUCUCUCUUCCACUUAAGAAUUCUAGUUCUGAUGCAAUAUUGCAUGUUUUAAUUCAAAGGAUACACGAAAAUGUUGAUCAGAGAGAAGUGGAGGAAUGUGAUGAGGUGAAGUCUAGACCCCAAGCUAGGAGCUUAAAGACCCACUUGAGCAACGGUGAUUCAGAUGAAAACAUUAGGAUUGAUGGGGCAAUAAACAAACCCACCAACAAUGGCGAGUUGAAUGGAAACCGCAGAGCAUCUAGCGGAUCCGACAUUACAUUGUCAAGUUCUGAUAGCAGCUCUGGAGUAAACACUCCACGAGAAGUUGGAGUAAGAAGUGUCGAUGAGCCUUCAUCUCUGAAUCACCCAUCUGUGCCUCAUAAAAAAGAAGCAUAUGUCUCAACGGCCUAUGAAGAUCACCAGAGAUCACAAUGGGACUCGUAUGGAAGUUCUGAUCACGGAGUAAGUACAGAUGGUUCAACACAAAGCUCCCACAACAUCCUUACCAGAGAAGAUUCUCAACAGGCUUCAGAUGUUGAGAUUGAAAAGCUCAAGGCGGAGCUUACUGUUUUGUCUAGACAGGUGGAUGUGUCCGAGAUGGAAUUACAAACUCUACGUAAGCAGAUCAUAAAAGAGAGUAAAAGAGGGCAAGAUCUCUCCAGAGAAGUUGCUAGUUUGAAGGAUGAAAGAGAUUCAUUCAAGGCAGAAUGUGAGAGACUUAAAAAACGUAAUGACAUUGCAAAGCUCAAUAACAGAUCGCAGUUAGAAGGUGGGGACGUUCGGGCUCUCCUUGACGAACUCAGACAAGAACUGAAUCAUGAGAAGGAUUUGAAUGCCAAUCUAAGGCUGCAGCUUCAGAAGACGCAGGAUUCAAAUUCGGAAUUAAUUCUGGCAGUUGGAGAUCUGGAGGAAAUGUUGGAACAUAAGAAUAAGGAAACAUCCAAUCAACCCAAGCAAUCAGGCUCUGAUGAAGAUGAUGCAAAGCCAAGAGCAAAUUUACGAAACUGCGAGACAGAUGAGGAUGAAGAACAAAAGGCACUGGAGAAACUUGUUAAGGGUCACAGUCAUGCUAAUAACACAACUCUUCUGGAGCAGAAGAUCAUUGACCUCUACAGUGAAAUAGAGAUAUACAGGAGAGACAAAGAUGAACUUGAAAUGCAGAUGGAGCAGCUUGCACUUGACUAUGAAAUAUUGAAACAAGAAAACCAUGACAUUUCCUAUAAACUUGAGCAAAGCCAGAUUCAAGAACAACUGAAGAUGCAGUAUGAAUGUUCUUCUCCUUUAAAUGAGCUCGAGUGCCAAAUUGAGAGCUUAGAGAAAGAACUGAAGACGCAGGCAGAAGAGUACACUGAUUCUUUGGCAACAACAAAGGAGCUCGAGUCUCAUAUCAAAAGCUUGGAAGAAGAACUAAGGAAGCGAUCAAAAGAAUUAUCUGAUUCUUUGAUAGCUGUAAAGGAGCAUGAGUCCCAUAUCAAAAGUUUGGAGGAAGAACUGAAGACGCAGUCAGAAGAGUACACUGACUCUUUGGCAACAACAGAGGAGCUUGAGUCUCAUAUCAAAAGUUUGGAAGAAGAACUGAAGGAGCGAUCAAAAGAAUUAUCUGAUUCUUUGAUAACCGUAAAGGAGCAUGAAUCCCAUAGCAAAAGUUUGGAGGAAGAACUGAAGAAGCGGUCAAAAGAAUUAUCUGAUUCAUUGAUAACAGUACAGGAGCAUGAGUCUCAUAUCAUAAGCUUGGAGGAAGAACUGAAGUCACAGUCAAAAGAAUUCUCUUGUUCUUUGGUUACAAUAAAGGAGCUUGAGUCCCGUACGAAAAGCCUGGAGGAAGAACUGAAGACACGGUCUAAAGAAUUCUCUGAAGCAUUGGUUACAAUACAGGAGCUUGAGUCCCAUACAAAAAGCUUGGAGGAAGAACAGAAGAUGCAAUCAAAAGAUUUUUCUGAUUCUUUGGUAACAACAAAGGAGCUUGAGUCAUAUAUAAGAGUCUUGGAGGAGGAAAUAGAGGAACAGGUACAGGGAUUUGAAGCUGACCUUGAGGCUUUAACUGUUGCCAAAGUUGAGCAGGAGCAAAGGGCAAUCCGGGCUGAGGAAGCAUUGAGAAAAAUGAGAUGGAAAAAUGCUAAUACAGCUGAGAAGCUUCAGGAGGAAUUUAGAAUGCUUUCCAUGCAAAUGGCCUCAACUUUUGAUGCAAAUGAGAAGGUGGCAAAGAAGGCAAUGACAGAAGCUAACGAAUUGCGUGCGCAGAAAAUUCAACUAGAGGAAAUGCUUCAGAAAGCUAAGGAUGAGCUCCAGCGAGUUAGGGAUGAUUAUGAGGCAAAAUUGCAUGAGCUUUCCAGUCAAAUAGAUGAUAAACUCACUCAGAUGGAAAGAAUGUCAUCGGAAACUGACAGCAUGACCAAGGAGCUCAAACAUCAUAAGAGGCACGGGGAAGAAAUUAAGGAGACUUUCUCCCGGGAGAUCUCUCAGCUCAGGGCUGAGAUUGAGAGGCUCAAAACAAAGACUAUUUCUGUUCCCGAGCAAGAAGAGCAGUACAUGGAAUUGAAGGCUGAAUUGGAAAAAAUGAAAACCUCUGCCAAGGAAAAUGAGAUGCUGGUAAAAACAGGAAAUGUGGAAAGACAUGAGCUCAUAAAUUCUAUUGCUCUGAUGAAGAAGGAAGCGAAGGAUUCAUUGAAUAAAAUAAAGAAUCUCAAGGAUGAAAAGGAGGCUACCGUUGAGCUCUUACAAUCGGAGUUGGAAAAGCUUAAAGCACAGUAUGAUUUCUUAAAGCUGUCUGUGCUUAACGAUGAGGCAGAAAAAGAGAAACUUAGAAAGGAAGUAUCCUAUUUAAGGAGUGAUCUAAAGAAGAAAGAGGAUGCACUCGUCAUUAUUGAGAAGAAACUCAAGGAAAGCAAUGGGCGCACACCAAUUUCAGAUGGAACAAAAACCUCUCCAAAAAACAAUAAAUCUACGGCAGUGCCACGCGGUGGUCUGAAAGAAGUUGCUAGCAUGAGGGAGAAAAUAAAAGUGCUCGAGGGACAAAUAAAAUUAAAAGAAGCAGCCCUGGAAAUCUCAUCUUCUUCAUUUUUGGAGAAGGAAAAAGAUCUUCAAAACAAAAUCAACGAGUUGGAAAGCAGGAUGGAAGAACUCAGUCAUAGUAGUGCAUUUCAAAAGGUAGUUAAAGAUGCCAGUACAUUAACUUCAAAUGAAAAUGAAAUGCCACUGAUAAAGAGAGAUGAAAUUGUAGCAGGAAACAAAGCCCAAAAUGUCGAUAGUGAAGAUAACAAUAAACUUGAGGAAUUAGCAAGUGAAUUGGCAUCUUUGAAGGAGAAAAACAAAAUAAUGGGAAGUGAACUAAAGGAGAUGCAAGAGAGAUAUUCAGAGAUAAGUCUCAAAUUUGCAGAGGUUGAAGGUGAAAGACAACAGCUAGUAAUGACUGUACGGAACCUAAAAAAUGCCAAUAGAAAGAGCUAGCUAGUGAGGAGACUACUGGUUCCUGAUAUAGUUACAUUUUAUCUACAUCAAAACCAUACACCAUGUAUAGUCAAAAAGUGAUUGGUUAUGCUUACAUGAGAAAAUCCCAGAUGCCAAAUUCCUUGGACUGAAUAAAUUUAUUAUGUAUACAGCCAAAAUAUGUAUAUCUUUUUUCUUUUUUUUUAAUAUAUAUAUAUCAGCCCAAUUGGGUUUCACACAGAUUACUUAGUCUCUUCUUCCAUUGUAGUAAAUGUUCUCCCACUCCGGUGCUCGUUUUGUAAUUUUUUUUUUUUUACUUUCAAUUGUAAGAGCUUUGUCAUAAUAUGUAAGGUGUUAAUUAUAACAUGCAUUCUUUUUAUUUUUCACAAAUUAAAGUGGUUUCUUUUUCU